AUAUGUAUAAAUAAUACAUACUCAAUAAAUAUGAGCCAUUAUAUUGUAACACAAUAAAAAAUUGAUACACGUGUAAUAACAUAGUAUUUUCGUUGUUCGUCAGUCGUCACGAUAGUAGUGUUCUGACAACUUUUCAAGCACUGAAGCUGGAAUAUCAAGAUAAGAAAAAUUAACUCCGAAUGCAAACAAAAAAGAAUUAAAUUUUGUAACCGAUUUUGAUCCAGAAGUACUUCAAUUUUGAAGAAAAACUGCAGAACUUAAUUUAAUAGAAAAAAAAUCUUCAAGCAACUAGCUGGAGUUCACAAUAAGUACAACAAUACAAGGCAAGCUCAUGAUUGCAUUUUUAAUAUUUUAAUUGUUUACGUGUUAAUUGUAAUUCCAAAUAAACUUAUGAGCAUUAAAACAAUUACAAUCGAAUAAUUUUCGACCCAUUCUGGAAUUAUUGUUUCUAUAUAAUAUAAUCAAUCUAUUAUAACAUAUUAGUAUAUAAGUCACCUACAGACAUGUUUCAAUUAACAAUUAUUCUAUUAAUUACUGGCUUUGAAGUACAUCGCAGUUUUGCUUAUCAAUGUCCUAAAUCAAUCCCAUAUUCAACAAUACCUGGAUUAUCGAGAGUUAGUUUACCUAUAUCUGAUGCACUUUUCCAUUUCAAAAUCGAAAACGAAUUUCUAAUAGAUUCUCGUGGUAGGACAAGAUAUGUUUGCGUGGAAAUCACAGAUGAAACAUUCGCAUUACGCAAUAAAACAAAAAAUGACGAUAACGAUUUACAUGUCCAAACCGGAGGUGAUUAUAAAGAACAAAUAGUAGCGCAUUCCCUCGGGGGAUCAAAUCAUUCGCUGAAUUUAAUUCCACUUAACCAAGACUGUAAGUCAAGGUUGUCUAAUAGUAAUUUUGAUCAAAAACUUACUAGAUUACUUAAUGAAUACUCGAGAAUAACAUAUAUAGCUGAACUUGAAUACACAAAUAAUAUGACCGAUGUGCGUCCAACACGCAUAAACACAGUAUAUAUGGACGAAAAUGAAAAUAUCUUAAGAUCUGUGCGAACGAUAAAUUCACCACCUAACACACCCUGUGAGAAAGUAGAUCAGGAAUAUCCCAAAAAAUUCAAAAGAUCUUUAAUGGAGAUUUUUAAGAGUCCGACAAAUUCAACAAAACCUACUAAUUGCUUGGACGGAUGUAAGAGGGCAGAAUGUUGGUCAAAAGUUGAAGAACGUGACAAAAGAUGCAGAUCACAUCAUUUUCAUUCCGUGCAUGCUAAUACACUUUGUAGUGGUCAGUGGUGUUAUUGCUGCUCUUACUAUUAAAAAAUAUAUAUAAUAUUGCAUUAUCCAUAUAGUGAUUCAUCUUUUUGUAUGAGGUUCAAAGACCUCAAAUAAGAAUUGAUGAUUUAUACAUUCAUUAAUUAAAUAUACAUAACAGUACUGAUCAACUUAUACUAAUUAUUAUAAUUAUUAUAUAUUUAUACUUAUCUAAAUAAAUAACCUAUUAAAUAUUAAUGUUAUCAAAUUGUAUUUUUAUUGUAAAUGCAAAUAUUAAAAUAUUUUGAUGUUUUAUAUUAUAUUUUACAUUAUUAUAUUAUAUUAAUUACGUAAAUGAUAUUUUCGUAAUUUGUAAAUAUUUUCUUCUCUAUCUGUACGUAUAACCUCCUAUUUAAAUAUUUCUUCAUUUUGUAUUUUAUUUAAAUUUCUAUGUUGCAUGUCAUUUUAUGUUGUGAUUUAUGUUUAAAUUAAAUAAAUAUAAUAUAAUAAUCUUUUCAAUUGCCAUUUUUCACUCUUCAAUGUUAUUACCCGCCAUUUGAUGUUUUAAUUAAAUAAUAAUUUGCAAUUAACUAAUUAAAAGGAAAAAUAGAACGAUAUAAGUUGUUGAUGCGGUUAGAAUAAAAAUGAUUGACCAUUCUAUAUUUUUGUAUGUUUACUCGUUAUAUUUUAUUAAACAACAUAUUUUAAAGAA